ACAUCGAUCGGCUGUUGCUCUGAGGGCUCUGAGUGUGUGCUGUAUGUGUUACGUCCAUGUGUAUAUCUGCUGGUCGCGUGUCCUUCAGUUUUGUUUUACAAAUAGUUGAGAGCCAGAGGAAACCUCUAGUUGUUAUAUAUGGUUCCUGUUUAUAGUGUUAAUUAUGAAACUUGACAGGUGCCGAUGGACAUGAAAGGCGUGUGAGAAAGGGAAGAAAACAACGAGAAUUCUCUCUUAGAGCGUUACAACUUCAGUUGAAGUGCGAUCUGUUGAUCUAGAAAUGUCAGACCGAGUUGAGAAGACAACUUCAAUAGAGAAAAAGACGAUGGAUAUUGAGGAAAGGGGAGUAAAGCUUCGCCUUACGGUUGUAGACACGCCUGGUUUCGGGGACGCAAUAAACUGUGACGAAAGCUGGAGGGCCUGCUGCUCAUACAUCGAUGAACAGUUUCGCCAGUAUUUCACGGACGAGAGCGGACUGAACCGCAAAAACAUCCAGGACAAUCGCGUUCACUGCUGCCUAUAUUUUGUGCCUCCCUAUGGCCAUGGGCUGCGCCAGAUUGACUUGGAGUUCAUGAGGCGCAUGCACAGAAAAGUGAACAUCGUGCCCGUAAUAUCCAAAGCUGACACCCUCACAUCUGCAGAGAUAAAGCGUCUCAAGGACCGAAUUAUGGCUGAUAUCGAAGAUCAUAAAAUUCAGAUUUACCAGUUCCCCGAUUGUGACAGUGAUGAGGACGAAGAAUUCAAACAGCAGGACCGCGAACUCAAGGCAUGUGUACCCUUUGCUGUAGUGGGCAGCAACACAGUCAUUGAAGUUUCAGGCAAGAAGGUGAGGGGGCGACAGUAUCCAUGGGGUGUUGUUGAAGUGGAAAACCCCAAGCAUAGUGAUUUCAUCAAACUAAGGACAAUGCUCAUCUCUACACACAUGCAGGACCUGAAGGAUGUCACACAAGAUGUUCAUUAUGAGAAUUUUCGGGCACAGUGCAUCUCUCAGAUCUCACAACAAGCCAUUCGUGAAAGAAGCAAAUUGAAGCGAGAUUCAGGGCCUCAGUUUGAAUCCAGCAUCACAGAUACAGACAGGUUACUGUUGCAGAAAGACGAGGAAAUUCGCCGCAUGCAAGACAUGCUGACCCAGAUGCAAGAGAAGCUGAAAGCAAAAGGUCAUGGUCCAAUGUUCAGGUCCCAGCUUAGCAGCCCCAAGUCUGAUGGUGACAACAAGCGUGACAGCAUUGUGAAUGUGUAGUGAUGCAAGGAAAUGACACAAAACUGAUAAUUGAGAUGUAGGUAAUUAUUAUGGUACAUCAUGGUAAGGCUGACAAAGUACAUGGCCUUUCACAUUUCUUAUAGCUCAAUCAUGAAGUCAGUAUUACUGUUUACUGGUCGUUACAUUGAGAAGUAGAAGUUUUAUAACAAAUACCUUCUUAUUAUGUGUGUUAUAAUGGUACAAUAAUGAGGCUCACAAAGUACAUUGCUUUUGAAGUUUCGUACAUGUCAGUCAUGAAGUCAGAUUGCUAUUUGUCAGUCAUUAGCUUGAAAAAUAAGACAUUGUAUGAAGGAUGAAUAGCUUGUGGGCCUACACAACUAGAAAUAUCUGCCCUAUUAAAAUUUACAGGUUUUUGCUAUUAGUAAUUCAAGAUACAGAAUAAUUAUGGAAUCUAAAACAAUUUUAGAUCUUCAUAUAAAAUGAAACAACUGUUUCUUAGUUUAUAACCAAAAUUAAAUUAUGUGAUAUUAUAUUUCAUUAAGAAUCAUCUGUUCGUUAAGGAUGCAAAUUAAUAGAAGAUGAAACGCUUGACCAUAUAACAUUAGUUUUAAAGUGGAAAAAUGAUGUAAACUGUGAUUUGUUAAAAAUGUUUAUGGAGUAAAUGUAAUAAAUAAGGAAAAGACAUUGUGUAACAAAUGGAGAACCUAGUUCACAAUAAGCUGAAGGCUGUAGUACAGGAUUUGUGAAAAACUGAAUACCAAUUCAUCACAGUUAACUACCAAUCACUGUCUUAAUGACAAUAAAACACUUAAACUGUAUCACUGAAACAUUCUGUAUAACUUUGGG